AUGGAGACUGUGCGGAGCGAGAAACCUGCGGCUGCACCGAGGCCGCAGCUGAAGUGCAGCCACGUCGACUGCGCAGCCGCGUUCACCAGGCAGUGGAAACUGAAGGAGCAUGAGACGGUGCACACCGGAGAGCGGCCGGUCCAGUGCACAGUUGCAGGCUGCGGUCGACGUUUCACAAGGAAAUCUCACCUGAGCCGCCACCUGCUGCAGCACACAGGAGACAAACAGUUCAAGUGCAUAUUUGCGACCUGCACCAAGACUUUCCUCACCUCCAGCAAACUGAAAAGACACGUGGGUUGCGCCCACGCAGGGAGAAACAAGUUCUUCACGUGUAACCAGCCCAACUGCUCCUUGACCUUCAAGAAGCGCAGGCUGCUGAAGCUGCACUUAAAGGAGCACGAUGUGUCUGCGGAGUUCAAGUGCACCGAGGACGGCUGCCACGCCACGUUCGUCUCCCACAUCGCCCGCAAUGCUCAUCAGAAGAAGCACGCAGGUUACCGCUGCCCUCAUGCCAACUGCAAGGUGCUGGAACACACCUGGGGGAAGCUCCAGAAGCACAUGGCCAAACACCCAGCCACCUUCGUGUGCACAGUGUGUAAGAAGGUGUUUAAGAAGGCCGAAACACUGCGCAGGCACAAGUGGAUCCAUGCUUCCCACAAGCCUGUCCUGGUCUGUCCUAGGAAGGACUGCCAGGCCUACUUCUCCACCACCUUUAACCUGCAGCACCACAUCCGCAAGGUUCACCUCGAGCUCCUCAAGUACAAGUGCUCCUUCCCUGACUGCCCACGCAAGUUUGCUAUGCGGGAGAGUAUGAAUAGACACCUGCUUCUCCAUGACCCAAGUUCCGUCACUCUGAAGAAACGUCAAAGGGCCAAGAAAUCGUGGCAGAAGCGUCUGAAUGGAAACCAUCACCCCCUCGUGGAGCAAAACCUGCAUCGCCUCUUCGCCCUGCGCAUGCGCAUCUCCAGACGGGCGAAACUGGAAACCAACCUCUCAGGCCUCUUCAAUGAACGCAAGAUCCCUCAUUACGUUGACCCGGAGGUCAACCUGCGCAACCUGUUCGGCAUCAAACAGUCCCGUCCUUUUGAGGAGAAACCGGAGGAGGCUCCACUGGAAGAGGAAAAGGCUCCGGCAGUUUGA